UAUAUCAUAUAAAAUUGUCAAAAUUUCCACAAAAUCUAGAGGAAAUGGCUAUUGCUCGAUAUUUAUUCAAAUUAAUUUUUAAUUGUGCUUUUGAAUAUUUUGAAAUUAGUCGGACUAUAAUUAAUCCACAAAUGAUUCAAUUAUUGUUUGAUGAAGCAACAAAUCUGCCUUUACAAAUACAUUCUCAAAAGGCAAACUUUUAUACGCGGGAUCAUUUUUCUUUUAAUUUUAUUUGGAAUCAUUUGAUUUGUAAUCAAGUUAGAAUUGUUAAUUGUAUCCUUUACGAGGACGAAAAUAUGGACGUUUUAUUGAAAAUUUUGACACAAGGAGGAAAUAAAUUUUUGAAUAUUACUUAUUUAUGCGUUGCCGCACAUUGAAACAUCACAAUUCAUUUCUGAAAUGGUAAAGCAAAUUAAAUUUGAAUGUAUAUUUGGAUCUAAAAUUCCAAGUGAGACAGUUGAAAAUAUUAAAAUUGAUGGUAAAACUACAAAAU